UAUAGCUAGCUAGACUAACUUUGCCUACUUAGUUAGCUAGCUAGAUAACUUAAGAUAGCCUAGCUUAAGUUUCACCUUGUUUUCAGUGUAGCUCUCAUUCUAAUUUCUUGCUGAAUCCUGUGAAUUGAUAACUGAUUAUUUGUAGAUCAUAAUUAAAGACAACUUUCUCUGACAACUUGUCCUGACAUGGCAUGUGAGCAACGUCUGAGGACCGGCCAAGGUACUCAAUUACUGCCUAAUGUGGUUGCCACAGAGCAGCAAUCUUUGAUUGUUGUGAAGAAACUGCUUGCCAUUGCAGUGUCUAGCAUCACCUACCUCAGAGGUCUUUUCCCAGAGAAGGCUUAUGGAAGCAAAUAUGUUGAAGAGCAAAAAGUGAUGAUCCUUAGGGAGGAGCGCAGCUGCCCUGGUGCCAGUCAGAUUGUACAGUGGAUGCAAGGAUGUUUUGAUGCCCUUCAGCGGAAAUAUCUGCGAAUGGUGGUCCUGUCUAUAUAUACAGAUCAAGAUAAUCCAAAGAAGGUAACAGAAUGCUACCAGUUCAGGAUACAGUACACUGACAAGGGACCUCAGAUGGACUUUGAAAGCAAAAACAGUAAUACAGUGUCCAUGAUGGCUUGCGGCAACACUAAGAAGGCCAGCAUCCUGCUGGUGCGUAAGCUCUAUACGCUUAUGCAAAACCUGGGUCCCCUGCCUGACAGUGUCUGUCUCAAUAUGAAACUAUCCUACUAUGACAACGUUACCCCCGAAGACUACCAGCCUCCUGGCUUCAAGGAAGGAGACAGCGACAGUAUAGAGUUUGAAAAGGAACCUGUCAGGUUGACCAUGGGUGAAGUGGCCACUCCCUUCCACACACUGAAGAUGGACGUGACCACAGAGAGAGGAAGGCUCGAACAGGUGGAUGAGGAUAAACCUGUCUGUGUCAGAGACAAGUGGACGCUGAAGAUGGCGGAGGAGGGGACUGUGAGACAGAUCAGCAAGUAUGAGGACGUGGAUGAUCCAAACAACAACCUUAACUUUGACAACUCGGAUAUCCUGGUGAGCUGCCAAAAGAAUAUUGAAGUAUGCGAGACAACCACGGAACGCUCUCAGAUGGACAUGGUGGUAAAGAACACCUCUGACCAGGAGAUGACCCUGAGCAGGACGAGGAGUGGACGUGUCAUCCAGUCGACUACCGAGAGGAAGGGGAAAACAGAGGUGCACAGCGUCAGCAAGAUGAAGUCCUCCCAUGUCCAAGAAAAAAUGAUGUCCCAGUUUGAGUUCCCCUGCAGCCAAGAGGUCCCAUCUGUGGCACCAAAGAGACGCAAGUUCAGUGAACCUAAAGAGCGUUACUAACAUCAUGCUAGAUUCCUCAGUUGGAAAUAUUUUUAGGAAAAUACUAGUUUUUAAGCAAAGUAUAAUGUAACUUAAGUCCCUUAUUCAGUUGCUCUUCUCUGUGAGAUUCCAAAAUACUGUCCACCUAUUUUUGUUAAUACUGUUAGUUCAAUGGUUGCUUUCUAAAAUAAGAUGGAGUGUGGAUAACACUGCUAUUCAUGUUGUUUUCUGUUGAUUUUUGAAUGUAAUAGGUUUACAUAUUUUGUUACUUAACAUUUAUGUACCAAACGGUAUCUUUAUAAUUACAUAUAGUCUUAAUGUGCUUACGUUGGUAAGCCUUAUGUUGGUAUUACAAUAAUUGUAUUUAUGUUGAUUCAAAAUAAAAGUUAUUUCGUUUUUAACAAAAGUCUUAGUUUAGGCGCAGCAGCUUUUACACAUUUCAGCAACAAACCUGGUCGCACCUGCAUUCAUCUUGUGGUUGGAAAAAAGCUUGCUCUCGCUACUGUUGGUAAGAUUAAAGAGCCCUGGUUUCCUGUCUGCAAAACUGGUUCUGUUUCUGACACGUUUGCAAACAUAAAUCAUGAAAUUGACAAACAUACUGAAUAGUUAGAAAAUGAUAGCGCUCCAGAGGGAGAGACUUAACUACAUUUGCAUGCGAUGUGUCUUAAAUUAGGCUGUUAAGUGAAAGUGGAUUAUAUCUGUACACACUGACCUUUGGGCAGAGAUAAGGGGCCAUCAGCAACCUGCCGCCUGGACGGUCGGCUGUGUGUUUUUAAUCUCAUGUUGUUUUUCCCAGAGAGGGACAUUUGCUGAUAGACUGCCUUAACCCACUGCAGAUCAAUACUGGAGGAAGCCUUUGUGAUGCAUAUCCAAACAGGCCCCUCUCUCUCUCCAUCAGUCUAGGGAGAGAUGGAGGGGAAAGCAAGCAUCCAUCAAAUCAACUCUUACAACCAAACGUAAGGGCUUUGUCUCCAGGACUGAAGAAUGUGUUUAUGUCAUUGACUCUGUUUUUUUUAUGGGCACAGGAGAUAACAUUCCAGUAUAAAGAGGAAUGGACUGCAAAAUCCAGUGCCAUGCCCUCUGCACCAUUGACAAUACGCACACACAGCAGUGAAUUGGCGAUCUUUAUGAGCUGUGAAAUGAAUCUGGGUUAGCCAACCUUAUAUUGACUCAAUGGUGGCAUUUUUCAAUAAUUUUCCAUUUAAACAGCAGGGCUUCUGCUUGUAUUGAUAAGGUAUGAAAUGCAACGACAGUUAAAAAUAAACUCCCCUGUAGUGUUAAACAAUAUAGUGUAGUUAUUUACCUAUGUAUCUAUGAUGAAUAGCAUCUACCCCGCAUACAACAUUGGCAUCCACCAAUAGUAAACAUUUUAACUGGCAAAUUAAUCUUACAAUCUUGCUUUAUAUUGCGUUGAGUGUGCAUUAUGUAAGGUCUUUUCAAAAUACGAUUGCUUUCAUGGUAUUUUAAUCAUUGGCAGUUGACUGCUUAAUGGGAUGAAAAUAGAUUUAUGAAGCUAUUAUAACUAUAAUUAUCGCCAUAUUCACUCAUAAGACAAAUGUAAAUUAAAAAAUGUUUUCAAGUUACUGUAUAGUGCUUGAUUACAUCAAAACCACAUCCAGCAAAAGCAUUAAAAAGCCCUGUCUCAAUAAA